UUAUUUUGUGGUGCUUUCCUUUCCAGUACCGCUAACCAAACUUGCCACCGGGCGCUAGGCGAGAUAUAAUGCGAAUUCUGGUGAUAUUAUGGCAUCGAACCCCCUGAAAACGUGUGCCAUUUUUGUGUUUAAUAAAUUGUCGUUUGGCAGCAGCUUCCGAGUUCUCGAUUAGUGAAAUUAGAGUGCCGGACAAUGCUAUUCAGUUAGCCCGAGGUUGUUGCUAACUGGCUAGGGAAGUUAGCCGGUUAGCUAGCAAGCCGCGGCGUCAGCUCGCUGGAGGCUGAUUUCUUGUUUCGCGCAUUUCAAGCCUGUUCGACCUCUGAAAACUGUUUAACGGACAGAUAAACGAAAAGGUUAGAUUGUAGCUUCGCCAAUGUCAAAUACAAAAGACUGAAACUUCCAUAAUCCGCUUUUAAAAUGGAGAGUCAACAGUGUUUCGCCUAAGCGGCUGCUUUCUGCAAACGCUGCUCUUUUGUUUUGACAAAGGAAGAGGACCUGAGUUUAUUUCUUCUUAUUUUUAACAGUUCACAUCAGGCGGUGGGAUAGUUUCUCUGGCUGUUGUUUUGUUUUGGCAAAUGGCUCCACAGAAGCAGAGCUCCUCAGGUGGAAGCCACCCGGUGGGUUUUGGUUCUGGAGGAAAAGCCAACGGGUUAUACCAGUCCUCCUCCUCUUCCUCGGCGAUGGCUGUAGCUAAGAAGCCCAACAUGCAACUCAUUCAAGCCGACCACGAGUUGUUCCUGCAGGCCUUCGAGAAGCCUACACAAAUCUACAGGUUCCUCCGCACCAGGAACUUGAUCGCUCCUAUAUUCUUGCACAGGACACUCACCUAUAUGUCCCACAGAAACUCAAGGAAUAAUGUCAAAAGGAAAAGCUCCAAGGUUGACAAUCUGUUGUUCAAAGUGGAAAAGAUGCGAGGCGAACAGGAGACUCACAGCUUGGCCUCUAAUUUGCAGCUCACCUUUACUGGCUUCUUUCAUAAAGCUGGAAAGCCAUCUCAGGACAGUGAGAAUGAGCAGAACUCUGUAUCUCUGGAGGUGCUGCUGGUCAAAGUCUGUCACAAGAAGAGGAAGGAUGUGAGCUGUCCAGUGAAGCAAGUCCCCACAGGGAAGAAGCAGGUUCCUCUGAACCCCGACACCAGCGCCGGAGUCUCGGCCAAGCCGGGCUCCUUCCCCUCGCUGCUGGUUCCCAGCAGCGAGUUUGAACCCAGCAACUCUCACAUGGUCAAAUCCUACUCGCUGCUCUUCAGAGUGUCAAGGCCCGGCUACCCUCGGACUCAGGUCAACGGCCUGGCCAACGGAGAGCACCACAACAACAGAGAAUUUACAGAAGAAGUGGUAAACAGGAAGAGGAGGAGCUCCUGUCUCAGGGAGGAGGGAGAAACCACAUUUGUGGCUCAGAUGACUGUCUUUGAUAAAAACAGACGUCUGCAGUUGCUAGAUGGGGAGUAUGAGGUGUCUAUGCAAGAGAUGGAGGAGUGUCCCGUCAAUAAGAAGAGGGCAACCUGGGAGACCAUCCUGGACGGAAAGCGUUUGCCUCCAUUUGAGAGUUUCUCCCAGGGUCCCACCCUGCAGUUCACCCUGCGCUGGACCAGCGGCGACUCCGAUCUCUCCACUGCACCCGUGGCUAAACCUCUGGCCACCCGCAACUCUGAGACCAACCAGGAGCCCCGACCCGGCUCCCUGAGAGCCCCACACACUCUGGCUGUUAAAGAAUCCUUAAAUGCCGAUGUGCAAACCAGAAGAGAACUGAUCUCAGCUGAGCCCCGGCAGAAGCUGCGCAUCUUCUACCAGUUCCAGUACAACAACAACACGCGGCAGCAGACGGAGGCCAGAGACGACCUCCACUGUCCCUGGUGUACCCUUAACUGCAGGAAGCUCUACAGUCUGAUCAAACACCUCAAACUCUCUCACUCCCGCUUCAUCUUCAACUACGCGCACCAUCCUAAAGGAGCGAAGAUCGAGGUCUCCAUCAACGAGUGUUAUGAUGGUUCGUAUGCAGGAAACCCUCAGGACAUCCACAGCCAGCCGGGCUUCGCCUUCAGCAGGAACGGCCCGGUCAAGAGGACCGCCGUCACCCACGUUGUCGUCUGCAGACCCAAGAGGACGAAGCCGAGCCUGUCGGAGUUCCUGGAGCCGGAGGACGGUGACCAGGAGCCGCCCAUCAUCAGCGGACACAACCGCCUCUACUUCCACAGCGACAGCUGCGUGCCGCUCCGGCCUCAGGAGAUGGAAGUGGACAGCGAGGACGAGAGGGACCCCGACUGGCUCAAAGAGAAGACUGCCAAGCAAAUCGAGGACUUCACUGACGUCAACGAGGGGGAGAAGGAGAUCAUGAAGCUGUGGAACCUCCACGUCAUGAAGCACGGCUUCAUAGCGGACAACCAGAUGAACGAGUCCUGCCUGCUGUUUGCCGACCACCACGGCGUCCACAUCGUCAAGAACAACCUCUGCCGCAACUUCCUGCUGCACCUGAUCAGCAUGCACGACUUCAACCUGGUGAGCACGCAGACCAUUGACCAGGCCAUGGCCCGCCUCCGCCUCCUGCAGAGCCAGGGCGCUCACAGGGACAAGGGGGAGGGGGGGGAGGAGGAGGAGGAAGAAGAGGAGGACUGGGAGACGGCCGUGGAGUCCCAGCCGGAGCCGGAGCUGGACCCAGAUCCCGAUCUCGACCCAUCUGAGUACACGCCGUGCAACGACGAGAUCGCCAGCGGCUGCGCGGAGAAGGGAAACCAGCAGGAGGAGAGUGGGGGGGCCGCGACAGAAAAGCCGAGCACCGGGCAGUCACUCUCUCCGGUUCUGGGUCGGUUUUAAACUGAAUUUAAACACACAUUACAGCAAAGAUCCCCCCCCCCCUCC